CUUGUGUAUACAUUUCAGAUAAGCUCGAGGUCCAUAACUGAACAUGGAGGAGAGCAGAGUGAAGGCUGUCCAAGCUCUGCUCAUCAAGGCAUGGAGAGAGAGAUGGGCAGACUUCCAAUGGAGCACUAAAAUCAAGCAGUACAUCGUAUCAGGAUCAGCAGACGAGGCCAAUCAAAUAGCAGAAAUGCUUUUGACCCAGACAUUUGUUGGCCCUUCUCCAAGCAGCCUCAUCCUGUCAUAUCUCAAACAUGCCAUCAUGUCAGAUGUUGUGUCUCUGCCUGGAGUCUUGAGUGCAAUGACAAAGUACAGUGAUACUGCCGUCACGAGACCUUACUGUAUGAGAAGUCUUCUAGAGAUCUUCAUCUUCUGCAUGAACAAGCUAGGGGUUCGUAGUACGGUAGAGGAAGGUCUCCAGCUAAGCGUGGAGCUCCUGGAGGUGGUCCACUGGCUCCUGGCCUCCAUCACCCAGUCCCUGGAGCACCUCCAGGUGGAGUCGCGCGACAUCAUCACCAUCUCACGCAACGUGGACUACAUGAGCGACCUCCUGCGCAAGAUGUGUAGCAGGGACAACCUCAAGCUCCUGCUCUACAUAGGGAGGCUGGAGGAUGAAGGGGAAUGCCUGGCCAAACUGGAGGCAGCAACGGCAGCAAUAGCAGGUCCUGCAGGAGUGGUAGGUGGAGGGCCUCCAGGAUCUGGACCUGGAGUUGGACCUGGAGUUGGACCAGGAGUUGGAACUGGAGUUGGACCUGGAAUGGGACCUGUACUGGGACCUGGACCUGGACCGGCACCUUUGCCUGGAGCAGGGCCAGGAGACCCCACAGGUGGGACAUCGUCCUCUACUCCCGGUACACCUGCUGCAGGAGCUGAGCCAGAGAAGGAACCCAUAAAGCCCAUCACUCUCUGGACACGCAUUGAGACAGCUAUGACUGAUCUGACCACGCUUAUAAACAGUGUUUCAGGACCGCAGCCCGUCGGCAUGCAGCAGAGACAACAGAGUAACCUAGAGCAUCUAUUAUCCAGAACACCUCAGCAUUCCACCAAGAAAGACGUGAAAGCAGACUCUCUGAAGGUGAAACUAGAAAACAACCUUGCCGACAUUGCCCGAAUACCUAUGCAGACCCUUCACACACGACCAAUCAGCCGAUGUGAGAACACGCUUGGGCUGAAGGCAUUAUGCUGUAGUGUGAAUGUGAUGACAUUCAUGGAAGCAGCUCUCAAUCUAACCAGUGAUAUUCAACUCUUCGUAGAUCAACUACUCCUCAUGGAGAGACUACAGAACCUCCCCCGCUCUGCCAUUUACCGUGAGCUGCUCCAUGCAAGCUUCCUAGGGCUGGUGGAAGACAGCGAUCCAACAGAGGAGAUUAAAUGGGUAGCAUUCACUUUCCUCAAGCUUCCUCAGAUCAUCCAGCGUCUGCAGCAGAGCAUGGCUGAUGACACUGGGUCUUGUGAAGCCUUGGUUGAAGGUCUCCACUACCUCCUACGAUUCUACGUUCUCCUGGACCUUCUGGAUACCAAGCAACGAUGCGAUGCCAUCAAACAACUCCUUGGACAGCUCGCAGCCUGUGGAGUACUCAAUGAGACGCAAGUCAAAGAGAUCACUACUGCAAGAUCCACCACAAGUAAACUCACAAGACCCACUGACACCCAGCAACCCGUCUCCCUUGUAGUCAUGGUUACUAGGGCGGAGCCUCUCGUCAAUUUUAUUAAGGCUGAUGUGAAGAAUCAAGAUGAAAUGUUGGUUCUGCUAGGUCAUAUGAAAGCAGGAAAGAGCUUUGAUUACAUGGUAGCAGCUGCUGCAGCCAGAAGUAAACUUCCAAAGUUCUCUGCGAAACUCAUCAAAAUCAACGAGAUAGUGAAGCAGUCGAGCGCCGAGAAUGCUAAGGCAUCUCAAGUCAGAGCCGUCAUCUUUGAUCUCACAUUCCUCAUGCUGUGUCGAAUUGCUCAGCUCUAUGGAACUGAGAUGGUUGUAUCAAGUAGCGGUGAUUCUUUCUUUGAGACGUGGGUCCAUCACUGUAUGCCUGAUGAUACCAGUACCAAACCAUUGAGUGGCAUGACUGCAGCUGAUCCGAAUAAGAUUGAUAUGCUACUCAACCAGUAUCAUACUGGUAUGGAGUUCAAAACGGCUCAAGUACGUUGGAGUGAGGUAUGUUUGGCCAUCCCAUAUGCUAUUCAACAUCUCUUACAUGCCUGGGAAUAUGGCGCCGUCAGUGAAGAACAUGUCUCGAAACUGGUUGAUAAUUUGAAGGGGCGUGUUUGCUGUCUGCCGAUCUGCUGCGUGGCGUGGCUGUGUAGUCACAUGACCUCCCUGUCGACCAAUGAGCGCAGCAAGGCUCACAGGCUGCUGCAGAUGAUGAUGACAUCGGUAGCGAAUAGCGCCACCUCCCUGCAGAUGUAUGACACUGAGAGGAAUAGCCUCAUGACAACGAUUGUGAAGAAGAUGUCCACCUCAGUGCUAGGCAGCGACUCCAAGAUCCACAGGGAACCCGCCUCCGUCGUUGCACCUGGCCCCACCCUUCCCCCUGAGCCGAACACGGCCUCUCUCGAGACCCUCACAGGAACCUUCAGGGCCAUCGUCCAGAGGGGCGUGGUCGACAAGAAGAGCUUGACCACCAUGGAUGCUCUGCUGACCAGUGGGGGUGCUCUAUGGUUCUGUCGGAGCAUCGUCUUGGAGCUGACCUCUCUUCAUAGGAAGGAUGACCUUACAACCGCAGUUGAGAUUGCUGUGGCCCUCUUCCAGGUGGACAUUGAGCAGAUGACCCUGACCCUUCUGCGACGGGUCAUUCCUCGUCUCCUGGCUGACCUGUCCAACAUCGACCGCUUGUCCAACCCCCGUGGCAAGGCUCUGGCCAAGCUGGUGGUCUGGUGUAUAGCAGCAACCCUGACCAGUCAAAACAGCUUCAGAGAUUCCAAGUCCAAGGAAAGUCCAUCCAGAAUCGUAAGAGGGCGCAAGAGAGGAAGAGGAGACACUGAAAGAGAGGAGGCUAUAAGUCUAAGAGAGGAGAACCGUCCCUCUAAGCUGAGGAAGCUGCUCAGUACUGCAGAAGAGGAAGGGGCCUCCACUCCCCUCCCAGCUGGUAGUGUGAAUGUGAGUACAGCAAACAGCAGCUUCCUGGUGAUGCAGGCACAGCAGCAGUAUGUAGAACCACUUCAUGUUGCUCUUGUCUCUGCAUUCAGACUCUUUGCAUCCAUCUUGGCAUCGGGCAUCAUCAACCCAAGAACAGAGUUCAUCCUCUCCUUCGUGCAGGAGGUUCUCUACUGCGGGGAAACCAUCAGCACCAAUGUCCUCCAAUUCAUGCCUGUUACCAUGGCCACGCACCUUCUCAAUACACUCUCUGGCGUCUUCAUGCAGGACUUAGCCUUAGCCAUUGGACAGCUUGAGGGACCAACACCAAGGAGGAUGGCUGCUAAAGCUCUGUGUCAAACAAGGAGAUAAUGGAGAAUCCAGGACUUGACCCUUAACCCUUGACCCUUGUCCCUUGUGAUCCAGGCCACGCACCUUCUCAAUACACUCUCUGGCGUCUUCAUGCAGGAUUUGGCCUUAGCCAUUGGACAGCUCGAAGGACCAACACCAAGGAGGAUGGCUGCUAAAGC